UGAGCCCGUUAUGGACGAAAUGGGUCAUAGACAAAACAUUCUCAAUUGAUUGCGUUGCCGAGCAGCAGAAGUGUAAAAGUAGAAGAAAAUACAACGAUGGGAGUAAGCUUGGAAGGAGAAAAGGUGAUAUUGGUGCCAUACAUGAAAGAACAUGUUCCCAAUUACCAUCAAUGGAUGCAAGAUCCUUACCUUCUCUUUGUUACUGGCUCCGAGCCACUUACCCUUGAUCAGGAGUAUGAAAUGCAGCUCUCUUGGUCCCAAGAUCCCCUCAAGCGCACUUUCAUUGUUCUGGAUAAGCAGAUGAUUGAGGGGAAAAUUUUACACGGCCAACCCCAUAUUGAAGCUAUGGUAGGUGAUGUUAAUAUAUAUAUGAAUGAUCCUGAUGACCCUCUUUUUGCGGAGAUUGAGAUAAUGAUUGCUGAGCCUAAAAGUCGUGGCAAAGGACUAGGAAAGGAAGCAGUCAUGAUGAUGAUGGCUUUUGCUGUUGAGAAUGUUGGGAUCCAUACAUUUCGUGCCAAAAUCGGAGAGUCGAACCAAGCAUCACUUCUUCUAUUCCGUAAAUUGGGUUUUCAGGACUCCUCGUUCAGUGAAGCUUUUAAGGAGUGGACAUUGGAGAUGCCAGUAACGAACGCCAAGAGGGAUGAGUUGCUGCAAAGCGUUGGUAAUAUGGUCACUCAUUCUUAGCCUUCAUCGCUUGACUGGAUACAUUCUUCUGAAUGGCAGGGAAACUGCAAAUUCCCUCUCUCUUGGUCAUGACUUAUAAAAAGACAAUAACUCAAUGACAAGAAAGAGAUGAUUUCUUUUUAUGACACACUGAGGAGUCUGCAAUUUCUCAAACAUUUGUAGAAACUAUAUGAAUUAAUUUAUCUAUUAGUGUAGCUAAAAAAGUCCAGCCAGAUAACAAGGAAAUUAAAUGAGGAAUUGAUAGCUUUUACACACUACAUAUUUGAACUUUUUUUUAUUUUUAUUGUACUAGUGUUUUUGGUGAUGAAUAGGA